AUGUAAUAAAAUAACCGUGUUAUUUAUGAGUUAGAGGAUGAUGAGGAUAUAAAGUAGGCUCCAUUUCCAAAAUCUUAAGUAUAUGAUGUUUGUAAUAAUGAAAGGCGAUAAAAAUUGAUAGAAAAUUAGGUGCAGCAUCGUAUAUAAAAUGGGGAACACUUUAUAAUUAUUACUUCUCAUUUGAUUUAAAAAAGGGUAGACUAUUAUGUUACAAGACUCAACAAUCUAAUAGUUAUAAUAAUUAUUAUUCUUUGAAUAAGGGAGAUUUUGUGAGAGAUGAAGUUGAUAUAUAAAAAUGUGAAUAAUCUUUAAGAAAGAAAAAAAAUUAUUAAUAAGCUAAUGAUUAGAAAGUAAUAUAAAAGAUUAUAAUUUAAGUCAGUGAUAUAUGUGAGAACAGCUAAAGGAAGAGUAUUUAAAUUGAUGAUAGAUGAAAACGAAAAUUAUGAUAAGAUUUUAGGAUAUUUGCAGAUUUGUUUCUCUUCAAAAAUGUAAAAUGUAAAAGCAUUUUAUGCUCUUUUGGGAAUUGGACUUGUAAAGAUUGAUGGGAAUGAAUUUAAAUUAACAACAGGAGUUGUAGUUUCUUUAAAUGAUUGGUCCAUAAACAACAAUAAUAAUUAUUUGUUAAAAAAUGAUAAUGGAUUUAAUUUAUUAAUAAGUAAUAUUGAAUUACUGGGAGGUAUAAUAGGAUCAUUCUAUAAAUAACAUGAAAUCUUAGGAAUCAUAUUUAAUCCAUCAACAUAAACUAUAGAUAUAAUAUUAUUUGAUAAUUUUUAGUAAUCUAUUUUAAUAUAAUUAUUAGAAAUCCUAAAGUUUUACAUUAAGCUAUAUUCAAAUUGGUUAAAUUUUCUAAAAAGAAAGUGUUACCAUCAGGUAAAGGUUAGUUAUUGAAAUUAAAAACUGAUAUUGCUGAAUUCAAUUAAAAUGAUUAUAUUGAAAUAGCUAAAAAUGACAAUGUAAAAAUAUACAUUCAUACAACAAAAUUAAAUGUGGCAGAUUAUGCUUUAAUAUAAGGUAGUAUGUUUUCUGCAUAAUAUGUUGAUGAUUAAAAUGAUUUAGAUGGAGAUAAAUUGUUAUCAAAUAAUGCUCUUGAAUUUUAUAAGAAGAAUUUUAAAAGAUUGAAUAAUUAAGAUGAUGAAACUAAAGAAUUCAUUAUUGUAAGUAAAUAACAAACUUAAGUUUUUAUGAUGAAUACUUAACCAUCACCAAAUAAAGGAAGUGCCUAAAAAUAGAAUUCAUUUAAAUUUGAUGAUAUUAGUGAUGAAAGUAUUGGAAAUGGAUCAGGUGUACAAAUAGCUAAGAGUAUUAAAGGUAAGACUUUAGAUGAUGGUUUUGUUUAGUCCAUAUGAAGAGAUAAGUCAAUGGUGUCACCGAUUCGAGUCCAAAAGUGUAAUUUACUAGUGAAUUUUAAGGAAAUGGAUUUGAAUCUGCUGUUGAUUAUGCAAAUGAAUUGAAUGAAUAAAAAUAAAGAGAUAAUGAUAAGAAUGAAAAUUGUGAUAUCAAUGGGAAUGGUAAUUGCAAUAAUAAUAAAUAAGAAGUAUUUGAAAAUUAAAUGAUUAAUAAUACAAGAUAGAUAUAAUAUGAAGAGUAAUAGUAAAUAAUAGUAGAAGUUAAAAAUGAAUAAUAAUUACUUUAGCAUAAACCUAGUAAAACAGAAUAAAAUCAAGAAGAAGAUUCAGAUGAAAUAGAUCUUGUUAAAGUUUCAAUUGUAUUUGAUGAAGGAGAACAUUGUAAUUAUAGAGAUUAUAAUACAAUUAUGAAUUAUGCAUUAAAUUUUAAGAAAGUUGAUUAUAAGGAUGAAUAUAGAGUAUCAUAAGCUCAUAAAAAAGGAGGUACAGCUUGUUAAGAUGAAAAAAUGAUUGAAUUAGCAAGAAGUGUUGGAAAGAAUAUGAUAAAAUAAGUAGGUCAGAAAUUGCUUAGUGGAAAUUUCAAUUUAACAACAGUUUCUUUUCCUGUAAUUUGAUUUCUUUUUAAUAUUUUAGAUUAAAGCUAUGAUACCUAAAUCAGCCUUAGAAAAAACAUUUAUGUAAACAAUUCUCUUUCCUUUGUAUAUGAAUAAGGCAGCAUCUCUAUAAAAGCCAUUAGAAAGAAUGAAACUUAGUAUAGUUGCUCUCAUAUCUAAUUACAUCUAGGCUAAUUCAUUUCUUAAACCUCUCAAUCCCAUCUUAGGUGAAACCUUUGAAGGUGGCUAUGAAGAUGGUACUUAACUCUAUUGUGAAUAAGUAAAUUAAAAAUAACUAUUAUUAUAGAUAUCUCAUCAUCCUCCUUUAUCUUAUUUUCUUGUUUAUGGACCAAAGAAAUCUUAUAAAUUUUUCGGAUAUUCUCUUUAUGAAGCAAAAGCAGGUUUAAAUUCAUUGACAAUUUUAAAUCAUGGAAAAAGAACAAUUUAAUUUCUAGAUCAAAAGAUAAUUUGUACUUUUUCAUCUGAACAUUAUUCAGGUACAUUCUUUGGAACAAUGAAAAAUGAAUCUUAAGGAGCUCUUUCGUUUAUAGAUGAAGCUAAUAGUAUUAAAUAUUAUAUAUUUAGAUUUAAAUUGUAUUGUUUAAUUGGGAAAAGUGAAAAAUAAACCAACAGAUUAUUUUGAAGGUGAAAUUAAAUAAGGAAAAACAGUGCUUAGUAAAUUAUUUGGAAGUUAUAUGGGUUUUGCUGAUUUUGAUGGGAUUAGAUAUUGGGAUGCUAGAGUAAUAAAACCAUUUGCAAUGUAAAUAUUGAAAUCAAAUUUGGAAUCAGAUCAUACAAAGAGAACCGAUAGAAUUUGUAUGAUUGCUGGUGAUAUGAAUAAGGCAUAAGUUGAAAAGGAAAAGUUAGAAUAAUUAUAAAGAAAUGAUGCAGCUUUAAGAAAAGAAUUCUUAAAAUAAAAAAAGAAAAAAGAUUAAAAAUGA